UCCAUCAGCAACUCUAUAUAUGAUUGCAUUCCCCCAUCCUAACAGGAGCCUAUAUCAUUACAGUUUGUUUGAUAAAUUAACCAUGGAUAUCGAAGUCAAGGUUAUCUCCAAGGAAACAAUAAAACCUUCCUAUCGUACUCCUGGUCACCUCCGUCAUUACUCUCUCUCCUUUCUUGAUCAAAGUGCACCUCAAUUUUUCAUGCCUUGGGUUCUAUUCUACCCCAAAGACACCAACACUGAACUCAAUAAUCUAGAGCAACGUGAAAGGAUUAAGAAAUCCUUAUCCGAGGCCUUAACACAAUUCUACCCACUAGCGGGACGUGUGAAGGAAAAUCUUUAUAUCGAAUGCAACGAUGAAGGCAUAAACUAUGUAGAAGCUGUGGCCAAAUGCAACCUUUCUGAGUUUCUUGAGAAUCUAAACCCUUGUGAGCACAAGAAGUUCCUCCCAUAUCAAUUGGACAAUGUCAAUGAUUUAGUUGCAGCUGUACAAGUUACCACCUUCAACUGCGGUGGCAUAGUGAUCGGUCUGGAAUUAUCUCACAAGGUAGCAGAUGCUUCAUCAUUUUUCAUGUUCCUCAACAGUUGGGCAGCUACAGCUCGUGGAAGUAGCAGCAUAGUGUCUCCUCGUCUCGAUGCUGCUACGAUAUUUCCACCGGCAACUUUAUCUGGCUACAAUCCAAACAUUGGGAUGUCAAGGAACAACAUUGUGUUAAAGAGAAUUGUCUUUGAUGGCAAUGCUAUAGCAGCUAUCCGAGCCAAAUUUAGUAGUGGCAACAAAAGCAUCGAAUUCCGACGUCCGACACGCGUGGAAGCCUUAUCUGCUUUCAUAUAUAGUCGCUUCAUUGCUGCAACUCAACCCGAAGCAGACCCCAAUAAGGCUUACAUAAUGUUUAUAGCAGUAGACCUGCGUAAGAGGUUGGAUCCACCGCUUCCACAAAAUUGUUUUGGAAAUCUAAGCCAGUCCACAGCCUCUGUAGUCUCCAACAACAUUGAGGAUGGCUUUAAUGGCACUGUUCUCCCUAUGAGAGAAGCGAUAAGGACAGUCAACAUGGAUUAUGUUAAAAAACUCCGGGACAGCGACGGGCACUUGAACUUUAUCACAGAGAACACAGAAAAAUCAAGCAGAGGAGAGGUAGUUACGUUUGGCUUCACCAGCUUGUGCAGGUUUCCUAUAUAUGAAGCCGAUUUUGGGUGGGGGAAGCCUGUUUGGGUAGGUUCGACGAAAUUGUUGUACCAUAAUCUUGUUACUUUCUUCGACACCAAAUCGGGAGAUGGAAUAGAAGCAUGGAUUACCUUGAAGGAGGAAGACAUGGCUAAAUUUGAAAUGGACAAGGAGGUGCUGCCAUAUGUUUCAUUUGCGAAAAAUUCUGUGCUUUAGGCUGUCUCUGACUUAGAGAUGAUCAGAUAGUAAUGGUUCUAGUGAAUAUGACUUCAAGUUCACAUGGUUGCUUUGUGUGCAGAACAGUUGCUUUUAAUCUAUUACAUGUUUCAGUCAAGCUUGCUUUGGAUUGGAAUAAGAUCUUAUCGUUUUUCGA